AUGAAAUUCAAGAUUCCAAAGAGUUCCAGUAAGGACUCCAAGAAGAAGGAAAAGGAAGAAGCAUCUGCUCCUCCGCCUCCUCCAACUCCGAAAGACACAGCCUCCAGAGCUCGGUCAUCUCCGAAGCAAUCUCAACCUGAGACGACUGCCGAUGGUCAACCAGUGGUUAGAGCUCGACAGGCUGGUGCCGAUCGUUCAGCAUUGAAGGAACUUCCUGCCUUGAGAGAUGCUUCUCCCGCCAAGCGGGAAGAGCUCUUCAUUCUCAAGCUAAAGUUGUGCAGCGUUAUUUGCUCCUUUGAUGACCCAACUACUGACAAGCGUGGCAAGGACAUGAAACGUCAAACUCUUUUGGAAUUGGUCGAUAGUGUCAAUACCCCGGCUGGACAAAAGAUCUUCACUGAGUCCGUCAUGUAUGAUUUGAUGCAAAUGGUCUCUGCCAACAUUUGCCGAGCGCUCCCACCUGCUACAGACGACUUUGAUCCUGAAGAAGACGAGCCUGUGCUGGAUGCUGCCUGGCCUCACUUGCAAGUGGCCUAUGAGUUCUUUUUGCGAUUCAUUGUUUCGUCCGAAGUCAAUGCCAAGGCUGCCAAGAAGUAUGUCGACCAAAAAUUCUGCCUGCAGCUUGUAGAGCUUUUUGAUUCCGAGGAUCCAAGAGAGCGAGACUACUUGAAGACCAUUCUUCACAGAAUUUAUGGAAAGUUCAUGUCUCAUCGAUCGUUUAUUCGAAGAGCCAUCUCCAAUGUCUUCUACCGCUUUGUUUACGAAACCGAACGCCACAAUGGUAUCGGCGAACUGCUUGAGAUUUUGGGGUCCAUCAUUAAUGGCUUCGCUAUUCCGUUGAAGAAGGAGCAUUUGCAAUUCUUGGUUCGAGCUCUCAUUCCUCUGCACAAGCCAAAGUGUGUGGCUCUUUACCACCAACAGUUGUCAUAUUGUAUCAUUCAAUACGUUGAAAAAGACGCUGACACUGCGACUCCCAUCUUGAAUGGAUUCUUCAAGUGCUGGCCAUGGUCUUGCUCUGGAAAGCAAGUCAUGUUCCUUAACGAGCUGGAAGAAAUCUUGGAAUUGCUUGGCGCAGAUCAACUAGCUCAAGUUUCCGACAUGCUCUUUGGCAACUUGGCACGAUGCUUGGAUUCCGAUCACUUCCAAGUUGUCGAACGUGCUCUCUUUUUGUGGAAUAACGAACACUUGGUGAACUCUGGAUGCUUGUCCAGGCUCAAUGCUCAAGCCGUCUUGCCUAUCAUUUACGGACCCCUGUACAAGAACUCGUCUGGACACUGGAAUGCUACCGUUGAAGGUCUGGCACAAAAUGUCCUCAAGAUGUACAUGGAAUAUGACCUACCAUUGUACGAUAAAUGUACAUCCAACUACUUUAGAGAAGAAGAGGAGGCCAAGAACCGAUUGGCGGCAAUUGAAACAAGAUGGAAGCAAAUCGAACAAGUUGCUUCCACCGCAGAGCCUGCCAUUUUGGUCAAGUAG